AUGUUUUUUAUUGAAUUAGAUAGGGGAGUGAUAUUACUCGAUGUGGGCAGCGAGUAUGGACUUGUCAUACCGCCUGGUGGUGUACGUCGUGAUGGUUGGGCUUACCGGGUUCUCAGAACCAAUACUACCGUCCUUUACUAUUGGUCAUCAAGCCUCUGUGAAUUAGAACCUUUUAAUGUCAAGGACCCACAAACAGAGUAUGCAAUGCAUCUUGAUCGGCCUCCGUCAUUUCUGCGCCAGUUUCUGCACAAAAUUGAUGUCCUGGUUCUCAACACGGGACACCAUUGGAAUCGAGGGAAACUCAGGGCUAACAGGUGGGUCAUGUAUCUUGGGGGUGUACCCAACACCAGCCGGAUGUUAGCAGAUAUUGGACGUGCCAAGAAUUUUACAAUCCACAACACUGUGAAAUGGCUGGACUCUCAGUUUUCGAAGCAUCCUCGUUUGAAUGCCUUUUAUCGGAGCACCUCCACUAGGCAUUUCGUGAAUGGGGGUUGGCACACAGGAGGGAGCUGCAUCAAUACUGCACCAAUGUCCAUAGGUAAAGAAGUAUUACAAGAAGAGUCCAAUGAUCCUAUCGCUGCCAGUGCCAUGAGAGGGACAGGGGUUAAGCUUCUCGACAUAAAAGCUUUGCCUCAGGUGCGAGAUGAGGGACACAUAUCCCAUUUCAUUGUUACAUCAGCGCCAGGAGUCCAAGACUGCCUGCAGUGGUGUUUGCCCGGUGUUCCCGACACAUGGAAGGAAAUCCUCUUUGCACAAAUCUAAUCCAACACGGUCGGUCGUUACUAAAUGAAGAAUCCUUGCAGCAUGACCCGAGACACGAAACUGCUGCCUGUUCCUAUCAUUAUUUGAACAUACUCUUGACGGCAUCCUCUAACCGCAUCUUCCGUGGCAAGACUUCCAUGUCGAU